AUGCAAACAGUGAUGAUCAAUAUGUCAGUGAUUCCUUGGGUCGUUGGCUUGUUGGAGAAUACGGAUAGUCUGUCCGACUAUACGCUGGAAUACGCGGUCGCUCUUUGUAUGAACCUAUGUCUACGUGCAUCAGGAAAACGCAAUUGUUUGCUAAUCAGUCAACGAAUUUUAAAAGUCCUAAUUGAAUUGUUGAACUGUGAGAAUAUCGAUAUUGUGCCGUAUGAGGACGCGCCUACUCUCGAAUCGGAUCUAGAUCGGCAAGAUCUCCCACCGCCGGAUCCGAGUGAUCUGAAAUCAUUGACCGGUCCGGAGGCAAUGCUUCGUGAUCCUCGUCUGUGGGUCGGGGAAGGUCUGUUGAAAUCGCACUACGCGGUUGAACCGACUGUGCGCGGAGAGGCCAACGGUGGUGUGGACUGGUGCAAACCGAUGCUGUCCCGAGACAACGAGGCCCGAAUGUCCCUGACCAGUGUGAAAAGUAUGAGUGUUCUACGUCGUCCGGCCACACCCAGUCAGCGAUCAGCACGUGUCUCGAUCUCCGAAAGUCGACCGAGUACAGCUUCCAAAUUGGGACGCAAUGCAGACGUCCCGGUCCCGGUCACGGAGGAAUCCAGUCAUCCACUUUACUUGCGAGAUAGUUUGGCCACCCUGGCUCAAAGUUUCAGUGAGGAUGCCACACCUAGAUCUUCCACACAAUUGGAUUCCGGUCAGCUACGAAACAUCCUAACCGAUCUGCAACGGCAACAGGAACACACCGAGGGGUCCCAAAACGAGCUCCAAUCUCAUCCAUUUCAAACAUCUCUUAGUUCGACCCAAGGCCCGAACAAAUCCUCGAUACCCAGCAAAGGUUCGCGAACUUCUGUGGGCACUAAGCGAUCCGCUUUUGAGAGUCGACCGAAAAUUCCACGCACUCCGGACGCAAUGUCACCAACGCACAGAAAACCGGAUACUUGUCAAUCGCCGGAUUCUACAGUGAGUAGCACACACUCCAGUGGGGCUUCCGAACGAAAUGAUAGCCGAAGUACGAUCCGAAACAGCCGUCCUCCAUCUCAUUUGAGCGAUCGACAAGCCUCGGAAGCUGCAGUUAAACAAUCGUCAGAGAACGUUCGUAAAAGUAGUUCACUCGAUCCAGAUGAGAAGCUGUUUCCAGUCCGGCAACUACAUACUUUGGUAGUUCGACAAGCUAGAUUGUUUCACAUCGAGUUGGGCUCCGAAAUACAAGUGGCUCAUUCCAAAACGUAG